AUGAUUGAUAAAGUAGAUAAGAAAUCUAUCAGAAAACUAUACCUAAUGAGAGGCGCAGGAGAGCCCCGCCUUCGCCCUCCUCUUACCAAGCUUGUGGGCAUAGGAAACCCGUAUCUAACAUUUGUACUCCACGCGAUGUUCCAUGACAUGCUUCCCGGAAUACCAUGCCCAAUGCCAUUCAACAUCCUCAUGAGAAGCACCAAGAUGGCCAGCUAUAUAGUCAAGCGGCUUAUAGGAAAGAACAUAGCGGUGGAGGUUCCGAAUAGACCUGAAAAAUAUGAUGGCAGGAAGUGUAGCGAAAACGACUACGCUAAUGUUAUGGAGUUCCUUCUAAACCUUGAAAGAACGAGUAAAAAGCUGUCGCUUGUUGACCAGUCCUUCGUUUGGGAUGUGAUAUCCAAUAUAUCAGAGCCAAGGAAGGCAGAGCUAAUUAGAUUUCUGGAAAUUUCUCCGCUAUCCAUAUUAAUGAUGAAGACGAUGAGCGUAGGCAACUUGACUGGCACUCACUCAGCAGUUGUCAACCUCCUGAAGGCCAAGGAGAUGGGAUACAAAGAGGGGUUUGCAUAUAUCCACGAGUCUAAUGCAGACUUCAGGACGCUUAAAAGGACAUUUCUGAAGUCCAACUUUGCUCAGAUACAGAAAUACUUCCAUGUGUUGACGGACUUCUAUCCGGAAAUGAUGUUUGGAGCAAGGAAGCCUUGGGCCAGUAGGAUGCAGAUAUUUAGGAAUCCCCUCUCAAUCCCGAUCAGGCCAAGGCUACUAUGCGCCUAUAUUCCUGCAUCCGUCUACUUCAUCAGGAGAAAGUGCAAAGCCCUAAGGCCGGUGAAGAACCUGGAUGUAUUGGUCAAGACCAUUUACGUUGAAAGAAUCCUCUCAUCUCACCCCAAGAAACGCCUGCUGAAAAGCGUUGUCCAUCAGCUGAUUCUCGACACGCCUGUUCUUGUGAAGGUCAUUGUAAUGAGAGGGUUUCCAUGCGGUCUCGUUAAGAGAAUGGUUGAAUGUGUUCCGUCCUUCCAUCUUGCAUAUGAGAUAUCACUGAAGAUGCUCUGCAAGAAUCCUGCUGACAGUUUCCAUGAAGCGCUUGUUGAGGAGCUACUCAGAAAGUACCCAACCGAAGGCAAUAUAGAGAAGUUCCAGGCCUGUUCUCAUCUCUUCAGCAGCCACCUUCUGGACAGACUGAGAUAUCUUAUCGAUGCAAGCUCCUAG